AUGAAGCUACAGGGGUCUCUGGCCUGCCUCCUGCUGGUCCUGUGCCGGGGCAGUGGGGAGGCUGGCCCACUGCUGAGUGGAGGGGAGAGCACUGGAGCAGGGGCCAUGGAGGCCACUGGACACGGGGUGGGAGAGGCCACUGGACACGGGGUGGGAGAGGCCAUUGGACAAGAAGUGGGAGAGGCCGUCAAGCACGGAAUCGGGGAGGCCACUGGCGGAGGGGAUGGAGAGGCAGCAGGUUCUGGAGUCAAGGAGGCCAUGGGCCCCGGGGUGGGGGACGAUCUCGCCCAUGGGGUUGAAGAUGCAGCCCAUGCUCUUGGAAACACUGGGAGUGAGGCUGGCAGACAGGCUGAGAAUGUCAUUCAGCGUGGAGUGGAUGCUGCCCACAGCUCCUGGCAGGGGAUGCCUGGUGGCAACAGUGCUUUGGGAACCAAUGGCCAGCCUCCAUCUGGAGGCCAUGGCACCUCUGGCUCUCCAGGCAAUCCUGGAGGUCCAGGGAUUCCCUGGGACCAUGUGUAUUCUGGAGGCUCAGGUGGCAGCUUUGGGACCAACUCUCAGGGAGGCUCCUGGGGCCAUGGAGGCCAUGGAGGGGCAUUCAACCUGGGGACCAACACUCAGGCAGCUGUGGCCCAAACUCCUUAUGGCUCAGGGAGAGGCAGCGACAACCCAAAUGCAGAGGGAAGCAGCAGUGGUGGCAGCAUCAGUGGUGGCAGCAGCAACAGCAGCAGUGGUGGCAGCAGCGGAGGCAGUUCUGGGCUCCACUGGGUAAGUUCUCCUUUGUUGAAGGCAGAGGUGGGGCCCGUGGUGGUCCCUGCUGAGGAAACCCACUCUGAGGUCUUCCUGAAAGCUGCCAGCCCCAGGGUGUCUUCGUGGGAACUGAGAGUCUUCUCUUUCUCUCUCCCACCGUGCGACAAUCCACGCAGUGAAGUCCACGUGUCCGGGGAAUCUGGGGGUCAGGGGCAAGGGUCUAGCGGUGGAGGGGAAGCUGUCAAUAGAACCAACACCUUGAACUCUCAGACGUCUCCUGGGCUCUUCAACUUUGACGCUUUCUGGAAGAAUUUAAAAUCCAUGCUGGGUUUCAUUAACUGGGACGCCGUCAACAAGGGCCAAGUCUCAAAGCCCAGCACUCGCAUCCUCCUCUACUUCAGGAGACUCUGGGAGAACUUCAAACGCAACACUCCUUUCUUGAACUGGAAAGCAAUUAUUGAGGGCAUCCGUGCGUCAUCGGACCAGAGGAGGGUAGGCGGUGCUGGUCAGGUGAGCCUCCCUCAGGAUGCCCUGGAAGGUCCCUGGUUCCUCUCAGCCUUGCUCCCGGGUCUGGCCAAUCUGCAACCUGGCACAGGAUGCCAAGACGUGGAAGCUGUAACUUCUAAGAACGACGAUUAUAACCAGCAGACACACCCUACUGCCACUGGGGGGCAGCACUCAGCCAAGAGCCCCACUAAGGGAAGGCUUGCAACCGCCCUGACUCCCACUGCAUGGGGUCUGCCUGGGGGCGAGGGGGGUGAGGCUUUCACUGCCAAGGUCCUCUGGGGGCCCUUCCUAAGCCCUAAGGACAUGGUCGAGUACAGACAGGACACUGAGGUCCUCACCUCACCUCCUCUGGUCUUCUCUUUACAGUGGGGAGUCACGAUUUCUUCCUCGGCUGCCCGGGCGCGACCUGACCUGCUGCAGUGGGUGAAGUUUUGGUAG